AUUAUUCUUUGAUUCUUAAUCAUCAUUAAAUUCUGUUUAUUGAUUCUAUCUAGUUUUGUUUGUUAUUGGUUUCUUUCGUCAAACUAAAGUUCAGUGAUAUUGAUAUUUUGUUCUUUUUGUUUCUCCCUACAUUAAUGAUGAUGAUAAUUGAAAAAGAAAUGAUUUAUAAUCUGAUUGAUUGAUCGAUGAUCAGGAAUUAUCGUUAUGACAACAUUAAUUAAUCGUCAAAGUGGUGAUCGACCACCACCACCACCAGCACCAACACAAUCACAAUCACAAUCAUCACAACAACAACAAAAAUCACAUUCAAAUGUUAUACGAAAACCAAGUAUCGAUAAUGUUGAUUCAGAUGGUGAAGAUAAAUUAAUUGAUGAAUCAAAUAUUGAAGAUUUAGUUAAAGAAUUACCACAAUCAUCGGAUAAAACUGUACAAUUUUUGGAUAAUAUGUUGGCUGUAUUACCAAAUAGAUGGAGAAAUUAUAUUGUACGAUCAAUAUUUACAUUAUUGAUGGUAUUUGGUUUUGGUUUGGUUAUAUAUUGGGGACCAUUAGCAUUAAUGAUAUUGACACUUUGUAUUCAAGUAAAAUGUUUUCAAGAAAUUAUUGCAAUCGGUUAUUCAGUAUAUCGUGUACAUGGUUUACCAUGGUUUCGUUCAUUAUCAUGGUAUAUGUUAAUAACAUCAAAUUAUUUUUUCUAUGCUGAAAGUUUAGUUGAAUAUUUUGCUUUGGUUUUAAAACAACCAAAUAUUAUGCAACCUUUGAUAUCAUAUCAUCGUUUCAUUUCAUUUACAUUAUAUGUUAUAGGAUUUGUAUGGUUUGUACUUAGUUUAGUUAAACGAUAUUAUCUACGACAAUUCUCAUUGUUUGCUUGGACACAUGUUACAUUGUUGAUUGUUGUUACACAAUCAUAUUUAAUCAUACAGAAUAUGUUCGAAGGUUUAAUCUGGUUUAUUGUUCCAGUAUCAAUGAUUGUAAUCAAUGAUUCAAUGGCAUAUUUGUUUGGAUUCUUUUUUGGUAAAACACCAUUGAUUAAAUUAUCACCGAAAAAAACCUGGGAAGGUUUUAUUGGUGGUGUUAUAUCGACUGUUUUCUUGGGAAUGAUUAUAUCGUAUUUAUUGUGUAGUUAUCAAUUUUUUGUCUGUCCAAUCGAAUCAUAUGAUCCAAUCGAACGUAUAUUCAAAUGUACACCAUCAAAAUUAUUUCAAUUGACUGAAUAUUGUUUACCGGAAACAUUGCAAUUAAUUUUCAAAAUUUUUGGUUUACCACAAACCAUUUCGUUAUAUCCAUUCGUAUUACAUUCAUUGGCAUUAUCAUUGUUUAGUUCGAUUAUUGGACCGUUUGGUGGAUUUUUUGCUAGCGGUUUUAAACGAGCAUUCAAAAUUAAAGAUUUUGGUGAUGUUAUACCCGGUCAUGGCGGUCUAGUUGAUCGUUUUGAUUGUCAAUAUCUAAUGGCAUCAUUUGUUAAUGUUUAUAUCUAUAGCUUUGUACGGGCACCUAAUCCAACAAAAAUAUUACAUCUUAUUUAUCAAUUAAAACCUGAAGACCAAAUGAAUAUCUAUCAAAUGCUACAAGAACAUUUGAAUAUAACAAUUUAAACAAAAAA